GCAAACGGUUAAAUUUGAAUUUUGUUUUGAUUACCAAAGCUUUAAGAAUAUGUUUUGAUAAGUCAGUGAAUGUUCUUUCUAAAUUGUUUUUAUUUAGAUUUACAAUAUGACCGAUGUAGAGGAAAUAAUUGACUAUAUUAAAUCAUUGAAGAAAGGUUUUGACAAAGAGUUAUUUGAGUGUAAAUUAGAAGAACUCGCUUAUGUGGCCCAAAACACUGGGUUGGACGAUGCCAAUUUUCAUAUUCUAUUCAAGCUUUGGCUGAACUUAAAUAUACCAAUAAGAAAAUGGAUGAACCUUGGUUGCUGUAUUAUUCCACAGCAACGAGUAGGACAGAACUCUGUAGAAUAUGCUUUGCGGUGGCUGCUAGCGAAUAAUAGGAAUCCAAUAUUUCAUCCCAGAAUUUGUUUUGUUUUGGACUGGUUAACAGUUGCUAUGGAUACUGACUCAAUUGAUAGCACUGCACUUGACAUGGGUUAUGUAAUAUUUUAUAGUUUUUUAUUCUCUGAGAAAUUGACAUCUCAUGUAAUAAAACUGAUAUAUGUUUUAACUAAACCUUUUGAUGUUACUAGAAAAAAUGUAUUGGAAAUACUUAAAGAGGUUAAAAAGAGAGAAGGCAAGAAAAGUUUAGUUAGACAACUGCAAGUUCUCCUUGGUUUGUUUAAAACAUACAAGCCAGAAUGUGUUCCAGAACAAAUGCCUUCAGUUUCUGUUCAUACAGCAUUUAAAAAACUUAAUGUUCAACUUGUUGAAAGAUUCAAGAUGUGUCAGAUUCGAAAAAAUAAUAACAGCCAGACAAAACUAAAGCUUGUAUGGGCUGAUUUGGGAAUGGGAAAGACAAACAAAAAACAUGGGCAACUGGUACCCAGUUUGGAGUUUGUGCAAAUAGGAUCGACACAAUAUAAAGGAAAAAUACCACAGAAAACACAUUUGGACUUUUCUGAGCCACAAGCAUUACUGCAGUACAGUCUGAACCAUCAAUUGUCGCGACCAGCUAGAUUACGUGCGUUGCUAAGCAACGCGACAGGCCACACUUUGUUGUCUCUGACUGACCAACAUCAGUUCACAUUUCUAGUACAUGAUUUGCAUCAUGUCCUUUCAUAUUUCUUCCUUGCAUCAUCAUCACAUAGUCUUGCCGAGAAAGAGAAUUUUCUUGGCCAGUUGGCGAUCUUCCAAACGACACUUAUGCAGGGCUUACCCGUUGUCACUAAGUUUCUGGCGCAAUUCUUGCCGUUUUGGAAUGAAAAGGAUUACUAUGCAGAAAUACUGUCCCUUCUUGAAUGGAUUAGUAUUGACAGUCCAGAAUUCGUUUUGGACAUAUUGGGUGUGGUCACACAAAUGUGCUGCAGAGCUCAACCAAUACACCAAUGCCUUAUAAUCAAGACUGUGACUGCAAUGUAUACGAAUUUGGUUUACACGAGUACGCGACCAAAGAACUGUUUCGUUCUUGGGAAACCUACAGAUGAAAAGUUUAGAGAGGGGACGAGCAUUGUGGCAAAUUCUCUCACUGAUAUGUGUAACAAGUGCUUGCAAAUCAAUCCAGAUGAUAUACGCCUAGUACUAAGCGGCCUUCAGGCGCUAGUGACGUGUGCGUAUACGUGCACGCAGAUUGGGCGUGGCGAGAGCGUAGGCGCAGUUCCCGGUAUGCUCGUACUGAGUAUGCCCUUGUUAAACAAUUGCGCUCUGAUGAUCGAUAUGCUCGCUGAUUUAUUAAAAAUGUACAAACGACUUCUACCCGCAUACAAAGCGAACCACGGCAAGGAUAGUUUGUAUAAUAGUUAUAUGAACGUCCUCAUACCAUUCUUUUCUGAUUUCGUUAGCUGUCUCUCCGAAGAGUUUAUUAACAAUCGCGAUAAGGGAUUUGUUUUUCGUAAUCUCCAACCAAAGGGCGUCAAUAAACUGAUACAUUUAAUGCCCGACAUCAACAGCUCACUCAGUGUCAGAAAUCAUUUGGCGUUCGCUCCAUAUACGUAUAUGAGAAUUGGUUCGAACAAAUUUAAUGAUGAAUUCAUACAUGAAUCGGUAUUUGAGAGAUUAACACAUUUAAAUGAUAUUAUGAUCACAAUUUCUAAUUAGUGUGCUUUUAGGUGAGCGGUGUGAAAGGUUAAUAGUAAAUAAAUGUAUUUUUAAACAAUAGUUUUACAGAUAUUAGAACUUACGUCAAUAUAACUAUAAAAUGUGAGAUUUUUUUUGGAAUUUUAAAGCGUAGUUUAACGAGUUAUUUUUUUAUGUUACGUGAGUGUUGUGACUAGAGUUAUGUUUAGAAUUGGCAUGUGCUUGCAUUUCGUAAAUUCUAAUCAUAAAAUUACAGUAGUAAAGUUCUAGAACGUUUUAUAGAAUAAAACCUUAAAGAAGAAAUUAUAAGAUUUAGAGUCGACACUUAGCGCACACACAUUAAUCAAAUUCCGUAAAUAUUUAAAUCGGACAGGCCUAGUUAAGAAAUCAGGUGAACGCCAUUGCGUAUACGAAUUUGUACGUAGAUUUCACGUUCCCAACGUCCGCCUAUAGUUUUAAAACUGCUCUUAUCGUUUGUACUUCAGUUAAAUCAGAACCUAUAAGAAUGGAAGUUAUAUAGAUAUAUAGGCCUGCGUUAUAAAGUGCUUCAACAAUGAUUGAAUUAGAUCUAAUAAAAGAAAAGUCUACAUUUAUCCAUUACAUUUUUCCACACAGUCGAUAAAGCUUGUUAAAAAUCGUGUCAAUUUUACCGUUAAUAGAAGCAACUUCUCUGUACUACACUGAACCCCGUGAGAGAGUGUUGGCCUAGACGCGUCAGCGUGCGACUCAUCCCUGUGGUCGUAGGUUCGAUCCCCGGCUGUGCCCCAAUAUACUUUCUUUCUAUGUGCGUAUUUAACAGUCGCUCGAACGGUGAAUUAAAACGUUUUUAGAUCCAGUUGACAGCGUAUGUCAGGCAAGAGGCUGGAUCACAAAUAAUCAUAUAACAUACAGACGUCUGAGGCCCAGACCUAAAAAGUUUUUAGCUCCACUGAUAUUAUUUUAAUCUGAACCCCGUAAAAAGACUAAAAGUCUAAAAAACAAGCGCCACUAAUCAAUACUAUUUUGUUAUAAUGAGUGUAAUGGGAAUCAAAGCGGCCACUGGUUUAAAAAUAAAAUUUAAACAAACUUUUUCAGGAAUUUGCGUCCGUACGAAAUUUGUUAUUUAUAUUAUUCUCAAAUCAAAUAGGUUUUGAUGCUUUCGUUGUGGUUUAGCUGGCUAUAUGAGUAGGAUUAGAAAGUUAUCCUAGUGUCUAAAUAGUGUAAUGUGUAUGCAAAUGUGUGACAUAAUAAUUUCCUUUAAUUGUUCAAUAUAAAGUAUAUUAAAAUAAUUUUAUAUUUAUAUCUAUAAGCUUGCGAGUUUAGUAAACAAAAUAUACAAAGCAAACAAUUGCAGAGGCUGAAACACGGGUAGUGUAGGCUCGAAGUUUUUAAUCGAUGUAAACUGAAAGAGUAUGAACCAUUUUAAUCAUUUAAACUAAAUAAACUAAUUCCAAAUUGUAUUUUUAGAUUACUUUUACAUUUUUUAAUAAAAUAAU